AUGUCUGAUGAAAACAAUGCCAGCCCCUCUUCCUCUUCUCCCAAUGGAAAAAUUGAUCCAGCAGAAAUAGCCAAAUUGAAGGCUGAUCGAGAAUCUACUGAGAAGAAUCUUCAAAUUCGCGCGCGAUUCGUUGUGAUCGGUGCUGGCAUUCUAAAUUUGCCUAAACUACCAAAUACUCCAGGAAUUUUGGAGUAUCAAGGCGAGGUAUUCCAUUCAUAUCGUUGGGCAUACGAUGUAACUGGUGGUUCUCCUCAGAAACCAUCUCUAAGCCUGAGCAAACUGAAGGAUAAACGAGUCGCCAUCAUCGGCACAGGAUCUACCGGUGUACAGCUUGUACCGCAACUUGCAAGAUCGGCCAAACAUCUUUAUGUCGUACAACGGACACCAGCCAACGAAGAUGAUCGUGACCAGCGAGAAACAGACGAAGAAUGUUUUCAUAAAGUCACACAAUCCCCGAAUUGGCAGCGAGAGAGAAUGAGAAACUUUCACCAAUUUUCACUCUUGGCAAGACCCCGAAAUUAA